GGCCUUGAAUCUGGAAGUUCUGAUAUAUUUGUAGGGCAAAUAGUUGCAUGGAAACAAAUUCAGGUUAUCAUAUGGCGCCAAGUACUGAAAAUGCCGUUCACAUUGCUGGCGGCUUAUUGGCGGUUGAUGUUCCGCCAGUUAGUGUGGGGUUUACCGGUAGUACAGAAAAGAAGAAGAGAGGUAGGCCUAGAAAAUAUGGACCAGAUGGGGCAAUGGCAAGGGCAUUGUCACCUAUGCCUAUUUCCUCAUCGGUUCCGCCCGGCACGGCUGAGUUUCCGAAAGGAGGAAAGCAGGGGAGAGGCCGAGGCGGCGGUUACCAGAUUAAGCAUAAGGGAACGGAAAUGGAGAAUUUAGGUGAGUUGGCCGGAACUUCCGUCGGAACAAAUUUUACGCCACAUAUCAUCACUGUCAAUCCUGGCGAGGAUGUAACAAUGAAGGUGAUAUCGUUUUCUCAACAAGGACCAAGAGCCAUUUGCAUCCUAUCCGCUAAUGGAGUCAUUUCAAAUGUUACACUUCGUCAGCCUGAUUCUUCCGGCGGUACACUUACGUAUGAGGGUCGUUUUGAGAUACUGUCCUUGUCUGGUUCCUUCAUGCCUACGGAAACUCAAGGAACUACAAGUCGAUCUGGUGGGAUGAGCGUCUCAUUGGCGAGCCCCAAUGGACGCGUUGUUGGCGGAGGUGUUGCUGGCCUUCUCGUAGCUGCUAGUCCUAUACAGGUUGUCGUGGGCAGCUUUUUACCGGGCAACCAGCACGGCCAAAAGUCCAAUAAGCAGAGAAACGAGUCCGUAUCUGAUGCUGUUGCAAACAUAGUCGACGAACCUGCAUUAGACAUGGGAAAAGAGGAUGGCAUUGGCGUACAACAUUCGUAACAAA